AUGGAGCACGAUGAUUUCGACGAUGUGUAUUCCAGUCACCGGAGCGAAGCUGGGCCCGCAGGAGGUGCAAACGGGAGGAGACACAGCAGCCCGCCUGUAAACCAGCCGGGGCGAGGCGCGGAUGCGCUGGACGUCGCGGGGCUGGAAGGAGGGACGUUGGAAUGCACAGUCACGCAGCCUAUGAAGGAGAACGAUGGGACAAAAGAUGCUUAUGUGUCGUAUCUUGUUACUACAACUACCACAUUCCCCUCGUUCCAGAAACCAGUAACGACUGUCCGCAGACGCUUCACGGAUUUCGUCUUUCUCUACAAAUCACUUACCAAAGAAUACCCAGCAUGUGCGGUUCCGCCAUUACCAGACAAGCACAAGAUGGAAUACGUCCGGGGCGACCGGUUCGGCCCAGACUUCACACAGCGACGAGCCAACUCUCUCGGACGCUUCCUUACCCGACUAGCCCUGCACCCCAUCUUGCGGAGGAGCUCCCUGCUUAUAAUCUUCCUCGAAAGCACUGACUGGAAUGCUACAAUGCGGACUCGUCCCCAGCGGGGCUCGAUAGCAUCAGACCAGGGCUCCACGGGCGUCUUCGAUAACUUCACCGAUACCUUCAUCAACGCCUUUACCAAGGUGCACAAGCCUGACAGACGAUUUAUCGAAGUGCGGGAGAAAUCAGACAAGCUGGAUGAGGACCUCGGCCACGUCGAGAAGAUCAUUGUCCGCGUCGCUCGCCGCGAGGGUGAUCUCGAGACCGAUUACAAAGACCUGGCCGAGCAGUUCCAAAAGCUCGUCCAACUGGAGCCGGGGGUGGAGCAGAGCGUGCAUGCCUUCGCCGCCAGCGUGGAGGAGAUGAGCGGCGGCAUCAGGCUGCUGAAGGAGCACACGGACCAGGAUUACCUCGGCAGUCUGCGGGACAUGCAGGCGUACAGUAUGGCGCUCAAGAACCUCCUCAAGGCGCGCGAGCAGAAACAGCUCGACUUCGAACAGCUCACCGAAUACCUCACCAAGGCGACGACGGACCGCGACGUGCUGGCCGCCUCGCACGGGUCCUCGGGCCUCACGGGACCGGGCGGCUUCAUCCGCAGCAAGAUCGAAGACGUGCGCGGCGUGGACCACGAGCAGUCGCGGCGCGACCGGCUCCGGCGGCUGGAGCUCCGCAUCGACGAGCUGACGCGCGAGGUCGAGGAGGCCAAGAAGACGACCGAGGCCUUCGACGAGGAGGUGGUGCGCGAGGUGGCCGAUUUCGAGCGCAUCAAGCGCAUCGAGUUCAAGACGCAGUUCGGCGCCCUGGCCGACGCCCACACGGAUUUCUACCAGGGCAUCAUCGAUAAUUGGGAGAAGUACGUGCGUGAGAUGGAGAGCUUGGGGGCGCCGCUCGCGUAG